AUGUCUUCCGCAAACUUCUAUGUAACAAAUAGUAGAAUAACAACUGGUGCUAUUAUUGCAGUCGCAGUGGGUUCAGUUGCUGGUCUUGCUAUUCUAAUUGCAACGAUUGUAGGUAUCGUAUGUAUUGUAAGACAUUCAAAUCGUUCAAGAAAUGGUACAUCACGUGAAGUGACUUUACAGCCAUCACAACCAAAUCAGUAUCCUCAGGUAUGGCCAAAUCAAUAUCAAACAAAUUCAGUUGGUAUAACAAACUAUCCACUAAUAUAUCCAGCAGGGGCUGUACCCUAUACAGCUCCGACAAUGAAUUAUGCUAAACCAACUGUUAUGUGA